GUGAGCUAAAGCGUCCAUUUUCUAAAAAGAAGUAUCAAUUUUGACAAUAGAAAGCAAUGUUUUACCGAUUUUAACUAAUUUUAGUGAGUGAAUAAUGUAUAAAAUGCGCCAAAUAAUCCUAUCUUAAUUAUACAAAUUUUUUGGUUACGUGUCAUUAUUAAAUAACAUAUUUUUAGAUGUUUAACAUAAAUUCAUCUAAUAUGACAAGGUCUAUUACAAAACAUUUGUAAUUCGAAUCUAUAUGAUCUGUCUAGUUUUGUUUGUAUGGGGUUAAGUUAAGUAUACUUUCGAUGGUGUUUUUGGAUUAUGAAACAGUGAUUUUCAAGUUCAAGUGGAAAUGGUUCGAGUUAAUAGCUUAAUGGCCUCCCAAGAAGGUGUAAAAACACCUCACAGGAUUGAAUUGUGUGAAGAGAAACAAGUUAAACCAGCAAAGAAUUAUAGAAAACGCAGGAUUAUUGUAACUGCACCUCUAAAGACUGAAAAUGAAGAAUUAAACUCUGAACCUCUCAUAAAGAAGACGGACUUAAAAUCAAAACCAUUAAAGGCUUCCAAUGGUAUUACAAACAUGACAAAUGGCAAUUCAGCACGAUCAAGGGCGGCUAGAGCUGCUGCUCGCUCUGCUGAGAGUCACAAACUCACAGAAUAUUUCAAAGAAGAGCUUAAAAGUCCUAAAGUAGAACAACUUCCUCCUUCACCUCAAUUAGAAAAAAAUAUAAAAACUGAUCAUAAAUCAAAUGGAAAUACAAAUCACAAACUCACAGAGUACUUUCCUGUAAGAAGGAGUGUGAGGAAAACAUCGAAAUGUGUAAUGGCCGAAAAAAUGAGAGAUUUGGAGAGAGCAAUAAGAGAGCAAAGGGAAGAUGGACUUCAGGUUGCGUCUUUCGACGGUAAAGGUCGCGGCGUGAUCGCAACUCGUUCGUUCGGACGCGGUCAGUUUGUGGUGGAAUACUCUGGAGAGUUAGUGGGAGUUGCAGAGGCUCGUGAGAGAGAACGCAAGUAUGCUCUGGAUCCAAGUGCCGGCUGCUAUAUGUAUUAUUUUCGACUUCAAGAUCAGCAGUAUUGUAUCGACGCGACGGCCGAAACGGGUCGACUGGGUCGGCUAGUGAAUCACUCCCGGAAUGGCAACCUGCUGACCAAGGCACUCUGGGUGGACGGGCCGCGCCUCGUGUUGCUCGCGGCGCACGACAUCGCGCCGGGCGACGAGCUCACCUACGACUACGGCGACCGCUCCAAGGAGUCGCUGCGACACCACCCCUGGCUGGCUCUUUGACCUGGGACUGUAUCAAGAAGCCUCAGUUGGACUUAAAACAAAUAUUUAUUGAUUUAACUUAGAUAAUAUAAAGUUUGUUAAAGAAGUUUUGUUUGAGAUUGCAUACUGCUAUAUUGUUAAGUAGUGAGAUGAGUGGCCUAACACAAGUUAUCUAAAUGGCGUAGUUGCCUCGUGCGCGCCAAAACCACCUUUUGCCAACUCAAAAUGUGUAUAUCGUAUUUAUAUAUACAUGGUGUAAUAAUUUUGUCAUUAUAUACUUUAAUAUUGUGUCCUUAAAAUAAUAUACAAGAUAUGUAACGUUCGAUUCGCAUGAUGUGUAUUGAUCAUCAGUAUUUUCCACAUAAAUGCUACAUAUGUAGUUAAUAAUAUUUUUUAGCCAAUUGUGCCUGCUUUGUAAGGCAGAGUCAACUGCUCAAUCAAAAUGUGUUCUUUUUUGUCACUGAUAAAUAUUGUUAGUUUAAUUAUUAUACUUAUAACAAUUAAAAAGAUGUUAUAGCUCAUUUAUUUUUGUUAUUUGAAAAGUUUUAUUUCAUUAUCAUAAUUAAUUUUGUAGUUUGGGAUGUAAAUCAAUCUGUUUUGUAUUAAAACUCAUAUUACACUAAACUUACAAAGACAUUUAUGAAAUAAUAAACAUUAUAGAAUCAUCAAUGAUAAUGUUAGCUUGAUUAUUUAAAAAAAAAAUCGAAUAAAAAAUAUACAAAGUCAAUUCUAUAACAGUUGGUCAAUGUUCAUUUAUGACACACUACACAAAUAAUAUAUAUAUUUUAACAUACAUAUUUAAACAUUAACAUAAUUUACAAAGUAAUUAGUUACAAUGUUUGAAAUUUAAAUAAUUCAAUACCAUCUCAUGAUAGAUAAAUAUUACCAAAUAAAGACCAUGAAUAUGAAAUUAGUAUGAUAAUAAUCGCCACUAGGAAAUAAGUGUACCAAGUUGACUCUGCCCUGUUUAUUGGUACUGCAUAAGAGCACACUGCGUCGUUCGUCUGUAUCACAUAAAUUAUAUUAAUUUUGCGUUCAAAUUUAGCAUUAAAAUUGUCAAAGCUAUUUGUUCAAAAUAAGUUACACUUCACAAAGAUACGAUUUAAGUAAAACAAUUUAUGAUAUAUCAGUAUUUAAUAUAUAUCCUUUUAUUUAAAUUUUUGUAAUUUGUAAAAAAAAUAAUUAUAUUUAAUAAUGACAGAUCGAAACUAGUAUAAUUUAAAAAUGUAACUUUUGGAUACUAAUUCACACGCUUCAUUGAAAUCGGUUUAAUGUCCAAUGUGUAUUGUUUUAUUAUCUUAUGAAAAAGUUCCUGUUAGAGAACAGUUCAUAAUAAAUAAGUGAUUUAGACAUUUAGUAAGGUACAAAUAAAUUUCAUACAAAAACCACUUGUCACAAGUGUGUCAAACACUGAUCGAAGUCAGAUUACUCAGAACUAUCAUUCAAAUGAAAUUUAUUAAUCUGAAUUUGAUCAUCGUUUCAUAAACUUGAGGUGUAUAAUAUAUAUUAGAUGUAGAACCAUUUUGAGAAUUUUUUGAAGCAUUCUAAUAACAUUUAUUUAAUGAAAUAUCCCAAAGUAUUUUUAUAACAUAUUGAUGAAUUUAAAUCUGCUUUCAUUUCUGCACUCUAGUAUUAGAUAUCUUUAAUAAUAAUUAUACACAGAUUAAAAACGAAAUAAUUAAUUAAUGUUGUAUUUAUAAUUUUUGAUUUUCAGGUAUUAUUUAGUUGUGUUACAAAUGUAAGGACUUUAUUACUCAAAUACGGUCAAGACACAAACUCUCGAAUAGUUUACGUAUUUAUCACUAGUUUAGAACUAUUUCGUAAGUAAAGUAAUUUAAUUAUGUGAAAGACACGAGGUUGUAAGUGUUGCUUACUUAUUAAAAAGAACAUUUACGGAGCCUGUUGAGUAAAUUAGCAUUUGAAUAUUUUAAAAUAUUUUUAGUUUUGUCAACAUUAUGAAUAUUUUAUAUUUUUAUUGCAUUGUAAUGAACAAAUACCCACCUGAAUAAGAUCCAUGUGGGUCGUAAUCGUCGAAGGGCGUUCCGUGACUAUCGUGCUUAAAGAAUGUAUUACAUUAAAAAAAUGGACGCCCUAUUUUAUCUGUCACUAUUCAAAAUAUUCUGGAUGGUCUUUGUUACUAUCGCUAUAAAUAUAAAAAGUCAUUACGUCCCUUAUUACCUUUGUAACAAUCGCUCUAACUAUGUAAGUCUGUUCAAGUCGUUUUAUAAAUUUAAUUUCAAAUGAACGUUUUCAGUCACGAGACUUUUAUUAGUUGAUUCUUGAUAAGCGUUUGUGAUAGAGGCUGCAACUUUUAUGUGUAAGAGAUAUGUUGUCCCAGACUAUGAAAAUCACGGAUAAAACUAUUUGAUGUAAACAUAAUCAAAACAAUCAAAGAUCUUACUAAUCGUUAUGAAGUAUUGAUCAAUUUAUAGACUGGGAUAGCGUAGCCAUGUAAACUAGAAGAAUUUUUAAUACAAUCAAUUUUUUAUAAUUAAUAAAGCUAUUAUAGCUGGUGAAAUAAAUUCACUAAAUUAUAUUUCGUAAUAAGUGUUGAUAUAUUGCAAGCGGUUGCGGUUUGUCAGUCGUUGAAAAUGUUUGCUACUUAGAAUAAGGACCCUCGACUAAAACUCUUGUUUCUUCCUUUGUUAAUUUUAAGCCAAAAAAUAACGACUGAUAGAUCUUUUAGUUAUUAGAAAACUUGUACCAAACAUACUAUUGGUUGAUUUUUUUAAAUAUAAUUAUAUAUAAAUAAUGCUGCUGGAUUAAUGAUUAAAUUUUAUACCUUAGUUUCAUUGUUUAAAAAAAAAAAAACAAAUAUUUUCUUUUACCGUCACACUUCUUUCUCUAAAUUAAGGCAUUUUAAGACUGAAUUUCUGGCAUUUAAAAGUUACACUUUGCUAAAUUUUUUUUUGUAUCGAUUUAAAAACUUUCUAUGUUUUGUUCGUUUAAGAAAUCCAGCAACAUUAUCGCUAUGAAUAGCAUUGCUUUUUGUAGUUCCUAUACUCAUUUGAUAAUACCGUAACGCCUUUUGUGAUCAACUAACCUUACUAUUAUAAUACUGCCUUCGACAAAAGGCUAUAUUUUAUUACUAAUCUGAGGUAAAUCAAUGUAAUACUUAAAUAAACUCUGUUAAAUUUCAUAAGCGAUAAACUUAUUAUGUAAUUGUAAUGUAAUUUAAAAUGUUAGAUUUAUGUAAAAUAAAUAGAAUAAUAUAUUUUGGAAAUCCUAGUUUCUUACUUUGUUUAGUCAAAAAAAUAUUUGUAAUUAUUAUUUUAGCAUUAUAAUGCUUUUAAAAUUAUGGCCGGCUUAUGAAUAUUAAAUUUUUGUUACUUUUAAAACCACUUCGUUAAAGGAACAAAAGUGAACGCACCUCUCCAAAGGAUUUCGAAUACUAUAUUAAAACCCUUACAUUACGUAUGAUUUUUCCACAGGGUGAAUGGAGCUUUAGGACUUACUUAUAUCAUUUAAACGAAUCCUACUUCCAUGUUACAUUUAAACACAUUGUUUUGAAAAGGAAUUUAAUAUUAAAUGAAAUCGAAUAAAUUGUAGCUUAUA